AGGCCGCCCGCCCGCCGGCUCCUGGCACCUGUGGCGGCGGGCAGAUCCCUGGCCGGCCCCGCGCUGCCCCGGGCUGAAACGACACCGGUCCACCGCCCACCAGGGCGACCUCGGCAACCCUGACAGCGACAGACCGUCCCAAGUGACCAGAAAGGCCCCCCCGGGUGACCCAGCGCCUCCCAGGCUCUUUCUGGAUGCGGGCGCCUAGGGAAGGAGCUGGCUGAACGCUCUGGCCUUCACCUUCCAUUCCCUGCUGACCACACCUCCCCGAGCGCCCAGGCUGCCCGCAGAGCAGGCGAUGCUUGUGCCAGCACAGCCAGCUCCCCAGGAUCUUGGCCUGACCGCCAGGAUGAAGGUGAGGCGGGCAACCAGGACCUUCGUGCGGAAGCCUCGCCGUCUUAAAGAUGGGGGCCUGGGGCCUGACACCCCCUCAGGUGGCAGCGGUGGGAGUGAGAGUCAGGAGGGAGAAAAUGCUCAGGAGAGGAGCAGCAGCCCACCGCGGCCAGCAGUCUCAGCUCCCAAGCGGGCCAGUGAAGUCGCUGAGGAGACUGCAUCAGGACGGCAGAAGCUGCAAGCCCGACAGUUAAAACAGCAGCCAGAGCAGCAGCCACAACCGCAGCCACACAGCCAAGGGCCAGGGCCUCAGCCAGUGCCGCAGCAGCAGCAAGAUGGGCAAGAGCCGCUGCCCCAACCGCAGCCAGAAUUGCAGGAAGAACCCCAGUCUGCGCAACAGGGGCCGCUGAAACCGCGGCUGCGGCUGAUGCCGCGGCAGAAACAGUCACGGGAGCAGCACAGGCAGGUGCGACGGCGGUCACGGCUGCAGCAAGAACGGUUCCAGCGGCAGGAACUGCAGGAAAAGCCCCUGUGUGUGCAGUAUGAGCAGCAGAAGCAGCUGCGGCAGCAGGAACAAUCAGAGGUGGGGCAAGUGCAAGAACAGCAGCCGCCACAGCUGCAGCAGGAGCUGCAACAGGACUUACAGCAGGGAUGGCCACAGCUGCCGCAGCAAGCGGUACAGCAGCUGCAGCAAGCGGUACAGCAGCCGCAGCAAGCGGUACAGCAGCCGCAGCAGCUACAACAGCAGGAGCCAUUACAACCACAGCAGGAGUCACUGCAACCACAGCAAGAACAGUUGCAGCAGCUGCAGCAGCAGCAAGAACAGCUCCUGCACCAAGAACAGUUGCAGCAACAGCUGUUGCAGCAGCAAGAGUUACAGCGGAGGCAGCAGCAACAGCAGCAGGAGCAGUUACCACAGCAGGAGCAGUUGCAGCUGCAGCAGCAGUUGCAGAAGCAGCAGGAACAGUUGCAGCUGUUGCAGCAGCAGCAAGAACAACUGGAGCUGUUACUGCAGCAGCAGCAGCAGUUGCAGCUGCAGCUGCAGCCCCGGCCUCUAGGGCCGGAGGACGAGGAGGAGGUGGAGCUGGAGCUCAUGCCGGUGGACGUGGAGUCUGAUCAGGAGCUGGAGCGCCAGCGUCAGGAGCUGGAGCGGCAGCAGGAGCAGCGUCAGCUGCAGCUCCAACUGCAGGAGCAGUUGCAGCAGCUGGAGAAGCAGCUGGAGCAGCAGCUGGCGCAGCCGCCGGAGGUGCAGCUGGAGCUGACACCGGUGGAGCCUGGGGUCCACGCGCCUGAGCUGCAGCUGGAGCUGACCCCAGUGCCGCCCGAGCUGCAGCUGGAGCUGGUGCCGGCCGCCGCGGGGGCGCCCGCCGCGGUGGUGGUGGCUCCCCCGGGCUACGUGGUGCUGCAGGAGCUGAUGGUGCUGCCAGCGGCCGUGUCGGCCCCCUCGAUCGUGGCCGUCCCGGGCCCGCCGAGCGGCGCGGCCCUGACGCCGGCCCGGCCACCGCGGCGGCGGCGGCGCGCCCGGGACCGGCCGACCAUCUGCGGGGAGUGUGGCAAAGGCUUCAGCCGCAGCACGGACCUGGUGCGCCACCAGGCCACGCACACGGGCGAGCGGCCGCACCGCUGCGGCGAGUGCGGCAAGAGCUUCUCGCAGCACUCGAACCUGGUGACGCACCAGCGCAUCCACACGGGCGAGAAGCCCUACGCGUGCCCGUACUGCGCCAAGCGCUUCAGCGAGAGCUCGGCGCUCGUGCAGCACCAGCGCACGCACACGGGCGAGCGGCCCUACGCCUGCGGCGACUGCGGCAAGCGCUUCAGCGUCUCGUCCAACCUGCUGCGCCACCGCCGCACGCACUCUGGCGAGCGGCCCUACGCCUGCGAGGACUGCGGCGAGCGCUUCCGUCACAAGGUUCAGAUCCGCCGCCACGAGCGCCAGCUGCACGGCGCCGGCCGCUCCCGGGGCCUCGGGCUGCUCCGCGGCGCGCGCGCGGCCGCCGGGGGCGCCCCGCGCGCCGAGCCCGCGGCGGACAAAGCGCCCUGA